GUCAUCAUGACGACAGGCAAAAAAUGAAAACGACCUUCGAGUAUGCCAUCACUCUAGAUUUGUACUGUAUAGUUACUUUAAGAUAAUCUUACCGUGGAGAUCCUUCCAUAUACCUUCAAUAUAGAUGGUAGUAAAUAAUAGUAUCAGUGCUUGCACAAAAGUUUGUUAUAAAUCACUUAUAUGCUGAGUAAAUCAAAAUAUUUGUUAAGUGACUUAUCACAACGUUUUGCAUAAGCAUUGAUAUUAUAAUUAGUAAUCACUUUAAUUGAUAAACCACAAUAUGUAUCGUAAUGAAUCAAUUAAAGUUCAUCUUACAGAGUCAAACAACAUGCAUUUACUAUGUUUUUCUCAAAUACGCUGAAUAUUACAGCAGGUUUCUUUUUUGUAACAUUUAUGUUGCGAUAUACAUGGGGAAAAUGAGACAGGAAGUAAAACUCUGAUAAUUUAUUAUAUUACAUAAGGUUGAUUUCUCAGACGAGUAUCUUUAAAAGCUUUCGUGAACCCCCAGUUUUCAAUGUCAGGGGUAUUAGACGCCAAAGGUUUCCUAACUUCAAGUGUAAAAAUCACGUCUGACACCUAAAUAAUCAUCCUCAGGUUCUUCAGUCUUCAAAGGUUGGGUUCAGGAUGAUUUUGGUAAUCCUUGCUAUAGUAGUAACCUCUCUUUGAAUUUAUCAACAUUAUGCGCCGAUGCUCUGUGUUUGGUUGACACUCCCAUAAGUUUGCCAUUUAUAGUGAAAGACGAAACUCCAGACCUAGACCAUUUGAUCUAGAUUUUUCACAUUUAUAAGAAAACCCACUGAGAUAGGGGAGAGAGAAUAGAAAAUAAUAGUUGUGAAAUCAUGAUUUAGUGUAUGGUAAGCUAGUAUUAUUUCACUUAUUUUGUGAUCCAGUGUUUCAGUUUGUUAUUGCUGUAACUAUGUUUUACGUUAAAAAAAUGUAUUCAUAUGUUCGCUCAACGUUCCAUGAAAUACAUAUAUCUUUGAGUAUUUCUUUGUCCGAAGUACAUGAGUUGACGGGAUAAUAACCUUUAAAAAAAUAAAAACGUCCCAGAGAGAUUGUAGAAAAUUAUUUUGGAAAGUUUGCAACUCAAGUAAAUUUAUAUUGGCUUACAAAGUAUACACAAAAUGCAGUAGUUCUAAUUUGUUAUUUACUGAGUAAAUUUAUCACACGCACUACAACAUCACUGCAUGGUAAUAUAAAUGUAGACUUUCUCAUUAUUCAAUAUUGUAGUUUACUUGAUUUGAGCUAUCCAUCCACAAAAUGGACUUUAUUCGUUUGCUUAUUGCUAAUUUUCAUUAGAUGGGUGCAAGGACUGAAGAAGUUUCAAUUUGGAUUUUUAGGUGAUCAUAUUUUGUGUAUAAAAUGUGGUCCAUCAAUAAAAUUUCAUGAUAUAUUAACUAAUAAGGUUGAAACACUUCAUUUGCCCACAAAAUACUCCACUGUUCUAUCCAUACAUCCACUAGAACCUUAUUUUGCUGUAACAGAGUUAUGUAACGUCAACCCAAAGGUUUACGUCUACAGUUAUCCGCAAAAGGAUGAAAUUAUUUUGAAAAGUAAGUUGCAGCCCGAUUCGCAAGCUUUGUCAAUUUUGAUCAAACAGAUGCUGCCAAAUUGGAGAUACAACAGUCCAUCUUUUCCUAUACCAAGUAUUAUGCAACAGUGUCUGGCAUACCUGAUUUUAUUCUAUCUAUAUGGGAUUUUCAUUCUUGUGAAAUAUUGUGCAAAACUAAUUUGAAUGGACUACAUUUAACAACAUUCAGCUUUUGUCCGACAGAUUGGCAUUAUCUCUUGGGAACAGAUCAUCAUUGUAUACAUGUCUGGCAGGUUGAAACAUGUGACCGGAUGAAUUCUAUUAAAUGCAAUUCGAUGAUAUUACCAGAACGUACCGUUAAUCUUGGGCCAUAUUAUGGAUCACAUAACACUAAGACAAAUGGAGAUACUGCAGGUAUACGACAUGAAACAAAAUUUGAUCCAAAUAUACUGAAAUCUUCAAUUACAGGAAUCAAUGAAUCCAGAGAAGAGGAGUUUGACGACUAUAUGGACAUAUCUGUUCGAUUAAAUUGCGUUUCACAGACUUGGACAAAUUCAAAAUUAGUUUUUAUCGGCUGUGAAGGAGGCCAGUUGUUAUUGUUUGACCCCCUCAGCAUGAAUGUGAAAAUUUUAUUGAACCCAGCUUCUCGUUGUCAGUGUCUCACAGAAGCGUCUGAAAGUACUCCUGAUAGAACUGAUUGCAAUUGUGAUUUAAUUUCAACAGAGUCUUCAUUAAUUAAUUCAGAAGUGGAAAUAGUCAAUAAACUAGAAGGAUGUUUAACCUAUAUAUUAUAUACAACGCAUGGUUUAUUAGCCGGGGGUAGUGAUGGUGUUCUACGUUUACUAAUUUUAAGUAAAGCAACAAAAACGAUAGUUAAUAAAAUAAAUCCACUCAACAAACAAAGUGAUCAAUUAUCUGUCAAAGUAAUUGAAGGAUCAUUAGCAAAAAAUAGUGAAAAUUAUUUAUUCAACACUGAAAUUCAAAAUUGUAUAAAUCUCUAUAAAUUUGAAAACCUGAUGCAAAAUAAUCAAUACCAUUGGGGUAAAAAUAUUACAGGUUUGAGUAUAUCAUCGUCUUAUAGACAAAUUGCAGUUAGUUGUCGGCUUGGUUAUUUGAGUUUAUUUAGUUUACAUGAUUCUCUACAGCCUACUCUCAGUCUUGAUAAAGAAAUGUUUACUAACUGUGAUCGAUUUGUUGGAAUGGGACUAAUUAGAUUUGAAAAAUCAAUAAUUUGUGUUACUGCAGGAACUACCGGUAUAAUCAAUUGUUGGGAUUGCAUAACUGGAGAAUUGAUUGGAUCUUUAUUUCUCAAUUAUAGAUGUCAUUGUUUGGCCAUUUCACCAGUUUUGCCUUUGGCAGUUGCUGGAAUGAAUUCUGGCUCUAUAAUGUUUAUCGACUUUACUAGUCCGACUUCACCGAGAAUUGUAAAUGUUAUUCGACUCUAUCGUAAACCUCUAACACAUAUUGCAUUCGACCCUGAUGGUGAAUUUUUAACUACAGUAAUAGAUGAUGGUCCAAGUAUUUUAGUAUCAGCAUUACCUAACAAAUCUUUUAAACCAAUAGGUUAUGUGUCAUUUAGUGGUAGAGUGCAUAAUUUAAGCAUGAUUCGAUCAAAAGAUUCACAGAAGAUCUUUGUUCUUCUUGCUGUUAGUAAUGAUACCAAUAAAACUGCUGAGGCUGUAUACCAGUACGAAAUACCAGCUGAAAUUGGAAGUAAUAAUGAAUUAGACUAUGUUGAUAACUAUCGAAAACUAAAUGAAGAUAAAAUUAAGCUUAUCAAAUGGAAUUUUCAAAAACCGAAGGUUGGUGUCUGUUAUUGGCCAUCAAAUGAUGUUUAUGAAUCAACAUCACCAUUGUUAAUUGCAGCUGAUUCUCAAUAUCAUAGAUUGGAAAUAUUUUGCAUCGAUGAAUCACAAAAGAAACAAAAUCUACUACAUAUUACCACAGAGUACACCUAUGACAUUUUACAAGAAUCAAAAAGCAUCAAAUUUACAAGAAUAUCUGGUACUAAUUCAUUACUAGCUUAUUCUAUGGAUGGAUCAGUUCAAAUUAUUAGUAUAAAUGAAACUGUUUCACUUCAGUGUUCCAUAAAUAUUCAUGAAUCUAAUUCACGUGGUAUAAUCGCUGCAGAGUUCUGUAAAGAUUUGAAUAGCUUAAUCACAUGUGGUGGAGAUGGUUUAUUAGCCAGAGUUAAAAUAAGUGAAGGUACAAUUACGGAAUCGAAAGUCCGUUUAUUUCCAAGUUUAAGAUCGUUACAUGAGCAACUAACUAAAUUAAAAGAAAUGAAAAGUUGUGGGAUAACACAAAAUCAAUCACAUUCAAAUGUUAAUCUUUUACAAAAUCCUGAUGUUUUACCAACAUUACCCCAUCAAUCUGGUACAAGCUUUUCAUUAUUUGAUCAACAAAUAUUGGUAGAUGCUGAUGAAGAUACAGAUUUAGAAGAGUUUUCCUAUUAUAAAAGAGAUACUGACUCAAAUAUUAACACAUGGAUAGAAUCUUGCCAGCUUAAUGCUGAAGCUUCAGAAGACUUGAUUUUUGGAGAAACAAAGACAAGAAUUCUUAAUGAAUUGAAUGAAAUCAGAAAUACAGUCAAUGCUAUGGUCAGUGAAAACGAAAGUCUUCCUGAGUUUCAACGUAUUGGCAGGUUAGAAUUUGAGCUAGAUAUUGAUGAACAAAGUGUCAUUUUAGAAAAAACGAAGGAAGAGGUCAACCAGCUUCGAAAAGAAAUAAACUUAAGAAAUUUAGCAAAACAAUUUACUUGGCAAGUUAUUAAAUCUCAAUGUUGGGAUGAAAUGUUUGUCAAGGGAAGAUGCUUAAAAGCGUUCAAUUUACCAAUUCAAGUUACAAAUUAUCCAUUAAAGAAUAUUACAAACAGUGAAAAACAAUUAAUUAAUACUGUUAUUGCUAGAAUGAAAAUUAUUCAUGCAACAGCAAAAGAAAGAGAAUUACUGUCUUCACAUUUAUUUCAAUCAAAUAUAUUAAAAAAGCCCAGUCAAGAACAAAAGGAAGAAGUAGAUGAGGAAGAGGAAACAGAGCAAUCAAUAAAUCGGAUUCUUCUUGGAAGUACUGCCAGAGAACAAGGUGGAUCGAUUGAUCAUGGUUAUGGUCAAAUGGAACUUUAUACACGAACGCAAAAGAUUUAUCAAAUUGUUUUGAUAAAAGAUGCAAUUUAUCGUAUGAAAGAAUCUUUCAACAAACAGUUCGAUGAAUUCUAUGAAAAGAAGGCAAGUCACCUUUCUAACAUUCAAACUAAAUUAUCGAGAAUACGUAAAAUUCAUACGGAUCUUCAACAACCACAUUUAAUAAAACAUCUCACUAGUCCGAAAUUUGAUCCCGACGAAGAGCCAGAACAGCUAUUUAUUGUUACAGAUGAUGAGAUAACAGUGGAAAAGUAUUUUUCACCUGAGCAGUUAGCUGAAAUUCAAUUGAAACGAUUAGCUGACGAAGAAAGACGACGUAAGGAAAAGUUGGAUAAUUGGCGUGAAAAAGGUUUGGAGGAAAUGAUGGGUGGUGUGUUAGAGAUUACAAAAGAAGAUGAAUUGAAAAAAGAUAUCCCAAAACCAGCUUUUUUAUUAACUGGUAAACCAUCAGUUCAUUGGACGGAAGAUGAUAAACAAAUGUAUGCAGAGUAUGAACGGAAAGUAAAAGAAUUAAAUGAAGAAAGAGAAAAAUAUAAAAAGUUUUUAGAAGGUGAUUUAAAAAAGAUUAACAAUGAAAUAGAUGAAAUUAAAGAAAAAUUUGAUGAGGAGCUAACUUCUCUAUUUAAUAAAUGGCUACAUGUUCAAGUGGCUAUAUUACAAGAAGAAUUAAAAAUAUGGAGGCUUAAAUGGAUGUUACUUACUGAAGAGGAAUUUAUUAAUAGAGAAUAUGAAUUAAAACAAUCAAUUAAUGAAUUAUAUAAGAAGGAAGUACAAAUUACCAAAAAUUUAGAAACAGCCAAAUCAAUAUUAAACCAAGUUCAAGAAGAAACUGAACUAUUGUCUGCUGAUGAUAAAUUAAUGGAAAAAAAUCUUCGAAAGGAAUUCAGUGAUAUACAUGGACCGUUAUAUGAUUUUAUUGUCAAAGCUUAUAAGAAACGUCCAAAGUACUUCCUUUUAGCUCCUUUGGAGAAAAAGAUUGAUCAGACUGGAAAGGAUGCACAAUUUUCUAAACAACUAAAUCCAUAUAUCGAAAAAAUAUGGCAAUCAUCUCAGUCAACCAAACAAACUAGCUUACUAGAAGAAAGUCUGGUAGAACUAGAUAAUGACCCUUCACGUGAACAGCAGCCUGGGUGUGAUAACGCUUUAUGGAGUAGGUUGUGUGCAGCAAGACGCCGGAAGAUUAAUAAAGAGUUGGAAAUUAAAUUUGCCACUCAGAAGCUAGAUGACAUUACAAAUUUUAUUCGUAAACGUGAUCGUGAUUUACAAUCAUUACAUAAAUUGUUAGAAGAAAGAAAAUGUCAAUUAGAUAGUUUAAUAAAAGAUUAUAAUCGAAAUCAGACAAAUUUAGAAUUACAAUUGUUAAUAAAACAAGGAUUUGUUGAAGUUAAUAUUAACCAAUUCACAUUACUUCAUGAUUAUGAUGAUGCAUUAUUAAUACAAAGAGAGCAAGUUGAAGAAUUGAAUAAACAGAUAAUUGUAUUAGGCGAAUCAAAAGUAUCCCAUAUGAUAAGAAAUAAAGAAUUUAAAAAAAGAUUUUAUCACCUUGAGUGGGAGCUAAGUGAAAUGUUAAUGCAUUAUGAAGAUUUACAAACCAAGUUAGGCGAUAUACGAAGAUUUAAAAUAACCAGCGAAAUACGAAAAUAUCUUCAAUCAAAUGAUUAUGAUUCUUUAAUCAAUACACAAAUUACAAAUACUGAACGUACCAUUCAAAUGUUACAAGAAAAUCACGAAAAAACAAUGGCUCAGAAACUUGCUCGUCUUCGCCAAUAUGAAAUACAUCAAGGCGAAAAACUUAAGAAAGAGAAUGAAAAGGCCAAGAAAGAAAUAGAAGAAAUGAAUGUUGUUUUACAUGAAACGAAGUUCAUUCAUGAACAAAAUCAUAUGAAAAGUGAUCAUCUCAAUAAUCCUCAACUUCGACAUAAACUAUUAAUUCAACAUCAAAAUAUUAUUAAAAAAAUUAAAGAACAAACGAAAGAAUUAAAAAUACUUCAAGCUGAAUUAACUUAUUUACGUCAACAAAAAUCAAAUUUAAAAUUAUAAGUAUUUCAUUAUAUAUUACUUAUAUAAUACAAAUAGUAUAUAAUUCUUUUUUUCUCUCUUUAAAUUAUUCCAUUCUUUAUCCGUUUCCAUGUGACUCGAUAAUGAUAUUUGAAAAAUGCAGUAUAAGUUUUCUUUUUUUUUUUAGAAAAAACUAUAUAUUUUACAGGCAGAUACUAUAAAGUUCUUCGUUAUAAUAUGAUUAUUUAGUACUAUUUCACCGGUUUGAAAAUAUCAAAUGAUUUGUAAAAUGUAAUUAUACUGGCUGAAAUCAUGAGUCAAUUGAAGCUUGACCAUUAUGGAAAACCAAGAAGUACUGGACGGUCGUUUCGUUCUAGUAUGGGACUCCUCAG